CGUGAUCGGGAACGCACCGGGGCGGCCCUGUAAGGAAAAAACUAGCAGCCGUUGGCGAGGUGAUGUGACAGCUCAGAGGUGUCCACGUCAACACACCAAACGAAAGAGCGCGUCGGCAAUGGAUUCCAAGUCUCUGGAACCUUCCCUCUACACAGUGAAAGCUGUUUUCAUUCUUGACAACGAUGGCAACAGACUUCUCUCAAAGUACUAUGACCCAGAGCUUUACCCCUCCAUGAAGGACCAAAGGAACUUUGAGAAGAACAUUUUCAACAAGACUCACAAAGCAGACAAUGAAAUAGCUUUCCUGGAGGGAAUGACGAUCGUCUAUAAAAGCAGCAUAGACCUUUUCCUCUAUGUGGUCGGAAGCUGUCAAGAGAAUGAGUUGAUGCUGAUGUCUGUACUCAACUGCCUAUUUGACUGCCUCAAUCAAAUCCUGAGGAAAAAUGUGGAGCGUAGGUGUUUCCUGGAAAACAUGGAAGGCGCCUUUCUCAUUGUUGAUGAAAUCAUUGAUGGGGGAGUGAUCCUGGAGAGUGACGCACAACAAGUCCUCCAAAAGGUCAAUUAUAGGGUUGAUGAAAGUUCAUUAUCUGAACAAAGUGUCGCACAGCACUUUACUGAGAAAUUGGCUCUGACGACUAACGUUCUGCAAUCAGCCAAGGAGCAGAUCAAAUGGUCCAUACUGAAAUAACAGGAGAUGUCAAGCGAUGUCGAGGCAGUUUCAACAACAUGUAUUUAACCCGUAGUUUAGUGACCACUUGAAUUGUUUUUGAUUUUUGUAGGUCUGUGUUCACUGAAAUAACUUGAGAUUAACCAGAGUGGGGCUUGGGCAAGUCACAUCCGAUCUUGUGUUUGCUGUUGCAAAAAUAAGGCAUACAUAGAAAAGAAGACUAACCUACCUGUGCGAUUCAUGGAGGUUGUUCUGUUACGUUCUGGGGCAGCUUUACAACAUUUGGCACAAGGUGUCUUAAAGGGGCGAGUUGGUCAAAGAUAAUAUGACAGGAUUUUGGUUGACGGAUUGGGUCCAAUCUUGAAAGUGAGUUGUUCAAAAGGGAAAGCAGGAUUCUGAAAUGGAAUCAUGAAAUCCAAUCUUAGUUUAAGUGUGGAUCAAAUCUUCAAUUUGUGGUGUUCAAAGUGUUUCAGUCGGAGGUGGAUAUCAUAUUAAA